AUGUCCACUGUCGGCCCAGAGCACAGGCACUUUGUCAGUUUGUCAGAGUCGAACAGGAUCCGUGCAUGUGAUGCAGACGUCAGUGACACGUCAAGUGUGCCGGUGAAUGGCAGUGCAGAGUCGAUGUGCAGAACAGAGCUGAGAGCCAACAGCACUUGUGGCCCCCCAGAGCUGUUGGUCACAGCCUCAGUCAUCUCCAUGAGUGUGGGCACCCUGUCCAACGGCCUGGCCCUCUUCAUCCUACUCAAGUCCUACAGACGUGUGCACACUAAGACCAGGGCAUCCUUCUUGCUUUUUGCCAGCAGUCUGGUCAUCACUGAUCUGCUCGGACAUCUCAUCAUUGGGGGCUUGGUGUUGUUUGUCUACAGCUUCCAGAAGCUGUGGGAUGAGUUUGACCCACAUGGGGUCUUGUGCAGCAUGUUUGGGGCGUGUAUGGUGUUCUUUGGCCUGAGCCCUCUGUUCCUGGGGAGCCUUAUGGCUGUGGAGCGCUGCAUCGGGGUGACUCGGCCAUUGUUCCACUCCACAGCAGUGGCAGCUCACCACAUGAGGAGGCUUUUGGGCUUGAGCUGGCUGCUGCCUGCUCUGGUGGCUGUGCUGCCAGUGCUUCUGGGGAGAGCCUACAGUGUGCAGAGGUCCAGGAGCUGGUGCUUCUUCCAUAUGGAGCAACCCCAGGAUUGGCUGGACAUCCUGCUGCCUCUGCUCUUCUCUGCCUUGGGACUGUUUGCUCUUUUCCUCUCCAUCGUGUGCAACAGUUUGACCAGCUGUGCUCUGCUCCAGUCCAGACUGAGGCGUAGGCAGCGCUCCAGGAGUACAUCCUACCAUCUCGAGAUGAUCUGCCAGCUGCUCGUCAUCAUGCUGGUGUCCUGUGUGUGCUGGGGGCCGCUGCUGGUUUGGGUUAUUGUGCUGAGUAUCACAAGCAGAAAGGAGGCCCAGAGCCACAGUCUGCUCAUGGCCGUGCGUAUGGCCACAUGGAACCAGAUCCUGGACCCCUGGGUGUACAUCCUGCUGAGGAAGGCGGUGAUAAGGAAGCUCUUCAGUCUGCUGCACAGUGUUUGGGCCGUGAGGUCUCUGGAGCUGCAGCUGUGGCAGGGCAGUGUGCAACGCAGCUCUGUGGACACGAGUCGCUCCGGCCACAGCUCCAGUUGGAGGGCAGCAGAGCGCUACAGUGACGUCACUCAAUGCCAGCUUGAUGCAGUGACAGCCUCCAUCCCCAUCAUACAGUUCUUCUAUGGUCUGCGUCCAUGUGUGCGCUCCAGUGUGUUCUGGACAUCUGAGCAGCAAAGUUCCACAACACCCACAACUGACUACCUGCCUCCUCACCCCCCACAUCACCUCCUCACCCCCCACAUCACCUCCUCACCCCCCACAUCACCACCUAACCCCCUCAGUCGAUCCUCGUCAUCUCCAGACCCCAGCCCCACAAGUCCACCUCCAGGGAACUCUCCCUCCCCUGUUUUGUCCCUGUUCUCCUUUGCCCUUCUACAGCCCCCACUCUGGACCCUACACCUGUAA